AUAUUAGCUGUCCUCUUAUUCGGAACAUCUUUUGUACCAGUGAAGCAAUUGGGCGUUGGGGAUGGAAUGUUCUUCCAGUGGGUUCUGUGUUUUGCCAUCGGGAUAGUAGGUGCAAUGGUUCAGUUCAUUCAGAAUUUCCCAACAUUUUGGCAUCUUGCUAUGGUUGGGGGCUUUUUAUGGGCUACAGGUAACAUAAUGGUUGUUCCUAUUAUAAAAACCAUUGGAUUAGCCCUCGGUCUCUUAAUCUGGGGUUCUUUUAACCUGCUCACUGGCUGGGCCAUCUCAAGAUUUGGUUGGUUAGGAAUUGACCCAAAACCACUUGAAGAACCUAUCUUUAGCUAUUUUGGAGCUGGCCUUUCAGUGCUCAGCAUCAUCGUGUUCCUUUUAGAGAAAACUGAUGUCGAGAGUUCACCACCUAUAUCAGAAUAUGAUCAAAUCAUCGUUUGUGAACAUGGGCUUGACCCACAGCCAGUCAAUGUUGCUGAAACAGAAACUGAUAACAACAAUGAUGUGUCAUGGGUGGACAGUCUUUCUCCACUGAAAAAGAGAGUAAUAGGCUGCUUUCUGGCUGCGAUCGCUGGGAUAUUGUAUGGUUCUAGUUUUGUGCCAAUGCUUUACAUCAAGGAUCAUGCCAAAAAGAAUGCAGUGGGCUAUGAAGGAGCCAGUCAGAAUGAUAUAGAUUAUGUCCCUGCACAAUUCAUUGGUAUCUUUGUUAUUAGCACUAUCUACUUUUUUAUUUACGUCGGAGUAAGAAAUUAUCAUCCUAAAGUUUAUCCUGAAACCAUAAUUCCAGGUUUACUUUCUGGUAUAUUGUUGGCGAUCUCAAGUUGCGGCUGGUCAAUUGCAAAUCAUUACUUCACUGCUGUGGUCAGCUUUCCAAUAAUCACCGCCGGGCCUGGCUUUAUAGCUGCAGUGUGGGGAGUGUUGGUGUUCAAAGAAUUAAAGGGACUGAAAAACUAUGUGUUGCUCAUAGUAGGAUUUUGCUUCAUUUUGGCUGGAUCACUUUCAACAUCUUUUUGGAAAGCCUGA